CGCGCCAAUUUAUCGUUAAGACGAAACGUUGGGACGUCACCAGGAACACCUCCGACUCACGUCAAAAUAUUUCCCAGGUGAAAAAGAAAUACGCGUCAGGAGACCUCUAUUACACUCACCCUAUGAUCACGAGAAAUCAGUGGGUCAAGUGAGCGGUCUUCCCCUAGUUAUGCGGGCCGUAUAAUUGCACAAUCCCUUAUCUUUGGCCGUUCACCGGGGCUAAAUCCACUAUCUCGACUAUAAGGCGAAGGUCACGAAGGACAAAGACUUGCUUUAUAGAAGACAAUCUUCGAAGCCUUUAGGAGCUACCACGAACUGUAUAAUCUUCUACAUGUCUUCGAGUUCAGAAUCCAAGGGCAUCGCCCUCGUCACAGGAGCUGCACAGGGCAUUGGACGUGCUAUUACUCUCCGACUCGCUGAUGAUGGCUUCGACGUGGCGAUCAACGACAUUCUAUCCAAUAAGGAGAACUUGGACAAUGUCGCGCUACAGGUCGCGUCCAAAGGGAGGCGCACAUGCGUGAUGUUCGCAGACGUGACUGUAGAAGACGAAGUGAAAGGGAUGAUAGACGGGGUGGUGACACAGCUCGGUGGUCUCGAUGUAAUGGUUGCCAAUGCUGGGAUUAUCAGAGUUGGCACCCUUUUAGAAACGGGCGUCGAUGAUUGGGAAGCUCAGUUCGCAGUUAACGUGCGAGGAACGUACCUGUGUUAUAGGUAUGCUGCCAUGCAAAUGAUCGCACAGGGACGCGGUGGGCGCAUGAUUGGGGCGUCUUCGGUCGCUGGCAAAACUGGCCAUGCAAACCAGAUAGCGUAUUGUUCAGCCAAGUUUGCCGUUCGAGGCAUGACACAGUGUGCUGCACUGGAAUUGGGUCGCCAUGGUAUUACCGUGAAUUCGUAUGCUCCUGGUGCAAUGAUCACUCCGAUGCUGGAAGGUAUCAGAAUCGCGAAUGAUCAGCGUAACGAGUCCUUGGGUCAAUUCUAUGAUGGGGAUUACUACAAACGGAUGGCGGAUAGAGCUGCUGUAGGGUACAUGGGAAAAGCCGAUGACGUUGCGAGCAUCGUGUCAUACCUAGCCUCGAAAGAAUCCCACUUCAUUACCGGUCAAAGUAUUUCAGUGGAUGGAGGAGUUUACUUUUCCUGAUCCCUUCGGCUUUUCUGGACGUUGGUUAUAAUUAUUACAUGAGGGUCCUAGCUGAGUCAAAGAUGGACAGAUGGACAGUCUCAGAAAAAGGCUAGGAGCGAUUGGCUACCGAACUGUGACUUCUAGGAGCAGGCUAACGCAUGGCCCACAAACACGAGGCCAGUUCCUGCACACUUGCGCUCGACCUUGCUGUUCUUUUUUAGUUCAAGACCUUUUCGUCUUUAAAAGUCCCGCUGAUCGCAAAGUUAGUAUGAUAUUAGUGUGCGAUAAGCUGCUACUGCUCCCCCCACAUGACGCAUUCAUGACGAUACGCAGGAGCGCAAAGUACGUACCAGAACACGACAUGAGGACAGCGUAUAAAGAACUUUCUGAACGCGCGCUAGUCCGAAAUUUCCGAGGCUAGCACAAGGCUGCCUUUACUUACCUGCCGUUACCAAAAUACCUCGAUAGAAAACAACAAGUGUUCGAUUUUUGAAUUCUAUCAUCAAGCGGCGAUAAAUCGAUCCGGGAUAAAUCUCUGCCGGUCAGCGAAGUC